AUGAAGAACCCCCUGCCAUUUGUGGUCGUAUCCAUUAAACUGGCCGUCCUAGGCACCCUGACUUAUUUGAUAUGCACGGAACAACUUCUGGACGAUAGAAGAAGCUCCUUCUUCUUCCUCCUCUACUCAGCAUCCUUCUUGCUCUAUGCCAUCUCUUCCUUGAGCGACCCAGGUUACCUCAACUCUUGCCCCCUAGAAUACCUACCCAAUGAUGAGCGAGGUGCAUUCAAAGCGACCUUAAGUGAACGCACCGGAGAACAGUACAACCGGAAAGAUGUACCAAGAGAUUUUUCCAUCACACAUGAUGAGAUAACAUCAUCUGAUUCCUUGUCUUCUGAGACAGUCAGUACAAAUGGCGAGAUGGACAGCUUAACCAUUAUCCACCACAGGAACCGCAACACAGCCAUUACAGAGAGAAAAAUAUGUAAAGAACAAAAGGAUGCUACCACCAUGCGAUACGUCUAUCGCAACCACUCAGACCCAACCCAUGAGGAGCAUCUCCUCUCCGCAAACCAAACGAAGUACGCAUGUCAAGAAAACUUUAGAGAGGGAGUUAAAUUUCAGGAGAAGUUUUAUCCCCAAGGUGGACGAAGAGUUCACCCCACACUGAGAAUCCUCCUUUCUCAUAAUCUCCGUUUUAUUGGUUCCCUUGGGAUGAGAACCAGAGUGAAUGAGAAUUGUCCAUCCAAAUAUAAACCCCUACUUAUCACACAAUUACACAACGUGGGAUGGCACAACAGAGAGAAUCAUGAAGAAGAAAAUUACAUGAAAGAAACGAUAGGGGAUUCACUUAAACAGAUGCCAAUCACAUGCUCUGUACAUGCUAAAAUGAAAACGUCUAGCAUCUUUCGCGUGCGUGGUGGUGAGAUGUACCAGUAUGGUACCCCACUCUCUUACUGCUAUGUGUGCGGCGUUGUGCAGAUUUUGCGAAGUAAGCACUGCAACGCUUGCAACAGGUGCGUACGCACAUUCGACCACCACUGUCCUUGGAUCAAUAAUUGUGUUGCAGAAAACAACAGAGCAUCUUAUUUAGUGUACCUCCUCCUUGAAGCCAUAACCGUUUUUCACGCACUCAAAUUACUCUCCCAUGUCAUUUUAAGAAUGUUCUUUGGAGAAAAUGGGUGUUUCUUCGCCUGGCUUGUGGUUCUCUUCCUCGUUCUGUUUUUCCUAUUUACGAUGAUUUUUUGUUUGGCCAUCUACCACUCGUAUCUCUGUUUGAUAAACGAGACGACCCGCGAAAACGCCCUCCGGGUGAGAAGCACAACGGAAAUAAAACCCCCAAGAAGGAAACCCGCCGGAACCUUCUUCCUGGGAUACCGACAGAACGUGCUUAUUUAUUUUUCCAACCUUCCAGCCAAGUGGAUAUGCCCCCAAGUGAUCAGGCAUUACAUGUCAGGUUGGUUGUAUCGCACAAAGGGCGUUACAUGGGGAACCCACGGGGAGAUCCUCUGGAAGCCAAACCCCAAGUCUUUCCCAAGUCAGGCCAUUUUUCUCUCCAUCCUGGAGUACACCACAUCAUGCGUAAGGAGGCAGUUCUCCCCCAUGACCUUCUCGAUCGAGUAA